AUGGCUGUACAGUAUCUGGUAUGCAAAAGGAAGCUUGAAAGUAAAAAGGAGGCAUUGCUAAUCCUUUCCAAAGAGCUGGACACCUGUCAACAAGAAAGAGACCAAUACAAGCUUAUGGCCAACCAGUUACGGGAACGACACCAGUCUCUGAAAAAGAAGUAUCGGGAGCUGAUUGAUGGGGAUCCAUCCCUUCCACCUGAAAAGAGGACACAGGCAAAUCUUGCUCAACUACUGAGUGAGGCUCAAGAUCGAAAUAAGCAUCUUGGAGAAGAGAUUAGAGAGCUUCAACAGAGACUGGGAGAAGUACAAGGGGACAAUAAGCUCCUCCGAAUGACAAUAGCAAAGCAAAGACUUGGAGAUGAUGAAGUUGGGGCUCGCCACUUUGCAGCACAUGAACGGGAAGACCUUGUUCAACAAUUGGAGAAGGCUCGAGAACAAAUUGAGAGUCUGAGAUACGAUUUUCAGGCUGCACUGGAUGAGUUACAGGAUGUGAAAGAGGAACGCUCUUUUUACCAAGAUAAGUCUGACAGGCUAAACCAAGAACUUAAUCAUGUCUUAGGAGGGCAUGAAAACCGUAUCAUAGAUGUAGAUGCUCUGUGUAUGGAGAACAGGUAUCUUCAGGAGAGAUUAAAACAACUUCAAGAGGAAGUCAACCUUCUUAAGUCUAAUAUUACUAAAUAUAAGAAUGCACUAGAGAGACGGAAAAAUUCAAAGACUCAUGGCAGAUCCAGUAGCAGUGCUCUGACUGGUGUCCUGUCUGCAAAGCAAGUCCAAGAGUUGUUGUCGGAGGAUCAUGGAUGUAGCCUACCAGCCACACCACAGUCCAUUUCAGAUCUCAAAUCACUGGCCACUGCGUUGCUGGAAACUAUCCAUGAAAAAAACAUGGUCAUACAACACCAAAGGCAAACCAACAAAAUUCUAGGUAAUCGAGUGGCAGAACUAGAAAAGAAAUUAAGAACUUUGGAAAUUGCUGGCUUGUGGAGUCUUCCAGGUGGAAAGGAUACCAUAACAUUCAGUGACCCAACCUUGCCUGUUAUACAGCGGUCCAGGUCACCGUUGUUAGCGUUUACUGAUAAGCCACAGAAAACUGAAGUACAAGGUGAGCACCUGGAACAACAGAAGGGAGAACGUGAUGAAACUUGUGCUGUUGCAAGUGCGUCCCUGGCUCCAGAGGGAGCGAACUUAAAUAACAGAAACCAAAAUAAACAUUUUUAUCCUUCAUUACCCCAGCUACCUUCUGAGGAAGAAGAAAUAAACAAGCUUGGAAGUCAGAUAAUUGAACUGACAGAGCAGGCAGUAGCAGAACUGGAAGGGAAAAGCGCAGGCGCUUCUGCAGGGGCGCAGAACACGGUGGUUGGAACAGAGUUUAAUGGUUCAUCCGAGGGAGAGUUCCCACUUUCCAGCCCUGACUCAUCUGACCCCACAGAUCCCUUAAACUCAGAGAACGAACAAACAGCUGAAGCUGAGGCCCUGAAAGACAAUGACAAAACCUCAGAGAGCGACUGUGAAAUUCCCGAUGAAGGCGGGGAUCAAAAUAGCAGCACCGUGGAUGUGGUGCAUGCUGAGGACCCUGGAAGGCACGGAGGGCUCAGUGUUACAACUGCACACACAAAUAACAGCUUUGAGGAGCUCCCUGAAUCUGAAAACAAGAAACCAUCUGAUUCUGCUGAAAACUGUGAAUAUUUGGAUAACAGUUUGGCUUGA